AGAGAGCAUUACAAGAGCAGCAGUCUCAGCCUUCAGUCAGUCUCAGCUAGUUUCCCUCCAAGUCACCUUGACCCUUAGCUCAUCACAAGCAGCACUCUAGAAAAUGGCCGAGAAAGUUCUGAUCGUGUAUGCCCACCAGAGUACUGGGUCAUUUAACGCUGCAGCUAAAGAUGCAGCUGUGACAGCUCUGACUGCUCAGGGCUGUAAGGUGGAGGUGUCUGACCUCUACGCCAUGAAGUUUAAAGCCUCUGCUACUGCUGAUGACAUCACUGGGGAGGUGAAGGAUGCUGAACACUUCCGAUAUGGAGAGGAGACCAUGCUGGCGUGGCAGGAGGGCCGACUCUCUGCUGACAUCACUGAGGAACACCGCAAACUCUCUGAUGCGGAGGUUGUCAUUUUCCAGUUCCCCAUGUACUGGUUCACUGUUCCUGCCAUCAUGAAGGGCUGGCUGGACCGGGUGCUCACACUGGGAUUUGCCUACACCUCAGAAAAGAGGUACAGCCAGGGACUCUUCAAGGACAAGAAAGCCAUGCUGUCCUUCACCACUGGAUCCCAGGAGUCUAUGUUCAGUGCCAAUGGUAUCAAUGGAGACAUGAAUGUCACCCUGUGGCCACUGCAGAAUGGCAUCCUGCACUACUGUGGUUUCCAGGUUCUGGCUCCUCAGAUCUUCUGGGCUCCACCCCACAUCCCCUCCGAGGCUCGCCGUAGCAUGCUAGAGGCAUGGUGCACGCGGCUGCAAGGUCUAAUGGGAGAAACUCCACUCACCUUCACCCCCUCGGACAGCUUCGAUGGAGGACUGGGCUUCCAGCUCAAAGAGGAUAUCCAGGAGAAGCAAGCAGCCAGUGAGUUCGGCCUGACUGUCGGAACCCACCUGGGCAAGCCCCUCCCACCCAACAGCCAGGUCAAAGCUGGGGUGUGAAGGAUUCUGGAGGACUGUCAUCCCUACACAUGCUGCUUAUGCUCUAAAUGACAAAUAUUGGCUUCCUUAAACUGAAUGGUGUUCACUUUAAUAGCAAGUGUGGUAUUAAAUGCUUAAGGUUGCUUACUUUGUCAAUUGACUAAUAAAAAUGUGUCUGCACUUAUACACAAA